AGUUAACGCGCGGUUAUACGAAUGGAUUUAAUGAAUAUCGACUAUAAUCAAAACUUCAAUUACAGUCUACUUCAGUGUACUACAUUCCAAUGCCAAGCAGAAUAAUGGGAAUAUUUUGUAAUCAGUAUCUGCUAAUUGAAGUGUACACUGUGCGCUAAUAAAAAUGGCUGCCGUUAAGUUUGGACCGUAUUUAAAGGAGUUACGAAUUCUUUUAUGUCAAACAUCUAAAACUAGUGAAGGUGUUAGAGAUUUUAUCCAAAAGCAGUAUGUGCCUCUUAAAAAAACUAAUCCACAGUUUCCAAUCUUAAUUAGGGAAUGUUCUUCAAUUGAACCGUUUCUAUAUGCACGAUAUGAAUAUGGUGUAGAGCAAUGUAUACCUCUACAAAAUUUAAAGUCUGAUGAUAUACUUAAACACAUUAAGGAUUUGGCAGCUCAAAAACCCACAAAAUAAAUGUUCUAUUAUAAAUGUAUCUUAAUUUAUUUAGUAAUAAAAUAAUAUAAUAUUGAA